UUUAAAUUUCUAACCCGUGAGGCAAGGCAUCUGUGUAAACAUAUAAACAGGUAAAGGUGUGCGUCUUCUGCUGGACUUCUCUUGGACACUGCACGCGCGGACUUUUGAGGAUGUUUUCCACAGCCGGGAAGCGCUGUUUUACUAUUGAGUCGUUAGUUGGCAAAGAGAGCCCGAUGACAGCCGAAGAACCCAUCCGACCGACAGCUCUCAGCUACACGUCCACGCCGACCGACGGUUUCAUGGGUGGCUAUCAGCCCCCGGCAAGCAGGUCUCUCUACCCAAAUCCAGAGCUCGUGUUCCCGGAGACCGUCAGCCACCCAUCCCUCGCCGUGCACCCGCACCAGCUCGGCAGCGCACACCUACAGCACCCGCACUUCUUUAGCACGCAGCAUCGCGAGCCGCUCAACUUUUACCCGUGGGUCUUACGCAACAGAUUCUUCGGUCACAGAUUUCAAGGAAACGAUGUUUCCCAAGACGCCCUCCUCCUGCACGGGCCGUUCGCGCGGAAGCCCAAACGCAUUCGAACGGCAUUCUCUCCGUCACAGCUCCUGCGACUCGAGCGAGCUUUCGAGAAGAAUCACUACGUGGUUGGAGCAGAGCGAAAACAACUCGCGAACAGCUUGAGCUUGUCAGAAACACAGGUCAAAGUGUGGUUCCAGAACCGUCGCACCAAGUACAAGCGCCAGAAGCUGGAGGAGGAGGGUCCAGAGAACGGCCAGAGGAAGAAGGGGAACCACCACAUCAACCGCUGGCGCCUCGCCACCAAACAGACGCCAAACAGCGAGGACAUCGACGUCAUGUCCGAAUCCUAAAGUCCCUCACUGCAACCCCCCCACCUCACCUCACCUCACCUCUCCAAUCCCCACUUCCUACCCAGACACAAGACCAACCAUGGGCCCUAUUUAUUAUGAUGAUGUGAAAAAGAUUUACUGAUUACUUGUAUGUAAAUGUUUCGUUGUGGACUUAAGAAGGACUGAAUGCGUCCAUGGAGAGAACUAAGACUUGAUUCUUGCUUCAGGCUUGCUCUGAACACCCACACCCAAUGACACCUUAAUGUGGACAUCUCUCUCGUUCAUGCUCUUUAUACUCUUGACAGACAAGCCCCCACCUUUUCUUUGAGUUCACCAUAUCAUCCCAACUUCUAUUUUUUCCACAAAUAUUCAACAAACGGUCACAACCAUUUCUGUGAGUUAAGCACUGCUCCUCUGUUUCUGGUCCACCUGAUUUCUUCUUGAUCAGACACAUUUGUGGGGCUAUGUGCCCUUCGAUGAACAGGGUGCUGAGAAGAUUCCAGAGGAAAAAAGAAAAAAAAAACAUUUUCUAAUCGGGUUUGAUGAAAUGACCCGCUUCUUGUGGGCACUUACACUCAUACACAGUACUAUUGUUUUCUUCACAGAACCAUGCAAACACCAUCCAUACAUUCUCUCUCUCAACUUCUCUCUCUCAAUUUCUCUCUCUCUCUCUCUCUCUCUCUCUCUCUCUCUCUCUCUCUCUCUCUCUCACACACACAAAUACACACACACACACAUUUCCUCACACUCCUGCCCACCCUAUAUUUGGUGUGUGAGCGUAUGAAUGGAAGAAAAAAAAUGCAGUGCGUGUGUGCAUGUGCGGGCAGCGUGCACCCUUUCUCAAGUGUGCACUGCACUGGCUGAAGCUGUGUGUUGAUUCUGAUGGCCAUGCAGGCUCCUUGGCUUGGCGUUCAUGGACUGUUUAUAGACAGCUGGGCCAAGCCAAGGUCAGAGUUGAGAGUUGAGAGCCCGUGUAAUCCCGCUCUUUUGUGUGCUUGACCUCCUCUGCUUUGGCACACACAGGAGUCGCAGAGCAGAGGAGAGUUUCCCAUGGGCAAAGCAAUGUGCAGACUUCUUUUCCGCUGUGUGUGUGUGUGUGUGUGCGUGUUAUAAGAUAUUACAUGACCAUGCCGCAUGUUCCACCCUUGUGUGUGUGAAGAGAAAAGUGUGUGUGUGUGUGUGUGUGUGUGUGUGUGUGUGUGUGUGUGUGUGUGUGUGUGUGUGUGUGUGUGUGUGUGUGUUAGAUGAUUUAUUGCAUCACACUGUGUUAAAAGACAGGGUUUGCAUGAAUGUGUAUUGAUAACACGCGUGUGUGUAUGCGAGUGUGUGCGCACGCGAGAGUGUGUGUGUGUGUGUGCAAGCAUGUGUGUGCAAAUGUAUUUCUUUGGUGCAUCAACCAUCUCUGGUUCUCACACAGUUGAAAUAUUUGCCAACAAAUAUCCCAAUGAAUUUUUCCAGAUGAAAAAAAGUUGUAAAAAUAAAU